AUUAUAUAUGUCUAUGUAUUAAUUAUUUGAUUGUUGAUAGAAUAAAUUCUUCUAUUAAAUAUUACCAUAGUGCAACUAAAGUGCAUUACAAAUUCAAAUUCUUCCAUUGUUUCCCGCCAAACGCUGGCAUUGAGAAAAACAUAAACAUAACCCCAAAAUGUCUGACACAAUGAUUUCGUCUGAUGAGAGUGCAUUUAUAAACUCAAAGAGUGAAUAUUUAAGCGAGACUUUGGAUGGAAAUGCAUUAGAUUGUCGUAAAUUACAACAACAAAAUGAAAAUUAUCGUCAAGAGUUACACGAAUUGCAAUUAAAACUAAUCCAUACUGAGGCUAUGCAAAAGGAGCUUCAAGAAGCUAAUGAGUCAUUGGAACAAUUAUUAUUAAAGGAACAAGAGAAAGCACAAGAAAAAAUACAUAAAAUUCAAGAAAAAAACCGUGAAAAUACAGAAGUGUAUGAAAAUGAACUUGCAGAUUUAGGAUUAGUAUUGGAUAAAAAAGAAAAAGAAAAUAAGGAAUUACAUGAAUCAUUGCAACAACUUAAAGUAAAAAAACAACAAGAUAAACCACUUAAAAUUGAUGAUAUUGAAGACAAGUUAAAACCAUUGAAAGAACAGAUUCAAGAAUUAUUAUAUAAUUUAGAAGAUGAAAGACGAAAAAGAGAAGAUACUGAAGAUUAUAUUAAAGAUCUUAAAAGUCAACUUGUUGAACAUCAAGAAAUUUUACAAGAUACUAAAAAUAAUUUGAGAGAAAAAACUGAAGGAUUAGAAACUGUUCGUGAAGAAUUAGCUAUUUGUCGUUCAGAAUUAGAAACAUUGAGAAUUACACCAGCUAGUGAAACAUGCAAAGGUAAUUCUUUGUUUGCUGAAGUCGAGGAUCGAUAUCGUUUGACAUUAGAUAAAGCUACUACAAUGAAAAAAAAAUAUGAUGAACUAAAACGAGCAUAUGGAGCAAAAUGUAAAGAGAUUAACUCUUUUAAAAUAGAAAAAGCAUCAUUAUUGAAAAAAUGGGAUGAGUGCAUGAAAACAUUUUCAGAUGAUGACGAAUUAACAAACAGAUAUAAAAAUAGAAUUCGCGAUUUAGAAAAAAAAUUAGCAGAAAUUCAAGAAGUUGAAAAAACAACGAAUGACGAUGAUGAUUCAUUUAGUUACAUGGAAAAGUUAUUAGCGGAAAAAAAGAAACAAAUUCAAGAAUUAAAUCAAAAGAUUGAACGAGAUUCCGUCGAUAUGUUGUUUCAAAUGGAAAUGAAACAUAAAGUGACCAAACAAAUGCAAUAUUGGCGAUAUAGAGCAAUGUACAUGGAAACACAAUUAUCGGCUAUUCAAAGUCAAUUGGAAUUGGAAAACAUAUGUUCUUCGGAUUGUAAAUCAAUUUUUGAAAAGAUAGAACAGCACAAAAUUAAUUGUAAAGAUACUCUUGAUAAACAAGACAUGAAAAAUAUAGAAAUGAAUGAAUCUGAAAUUAUGACAUUCGAAGAUGCAUCAUCAAUGAAUAAUCCCAAAUGUAAAAAUGUAUUACAAACAAAGAUUGAUAAUCUAGAUAUCAAAUGUAAUUCAAAUACUGAUCAAAAUCAUCUUGAUAAUGUCAGCAACAAAUUUGUAAAUACAAAAUUGGAUGGAAAUGCAAAUGUAGGACAAUGCAAAACAACGGAUAAUGUUGCAACAUUAAAGUAUAAUGAAACAACUAAUUUAAAUUUAAUGGAAGAAACACAAAAGUUGAAGAAAAACGUACAAUUUACCGAAGAUACCAAAGAUGUAUCUGGUAACGAAUCGACAUUUAAAAAGAAAUUAAGUGAAGAUAAAAAGAAAACUCAUAAACCAUAUCAAACUAUGUAUAUUUCUUCAUCUAAAUCGUCUAACUAAUAAUAAUAAUAAUAAUAAUGAAAGACUACAAAUAAUUACAAUG